CAACUAUCGAAGCACAUAAACAGCUGUUCAAGGCAUCCACAUUUGUUUCAUUGCUUUCUUAGAUUGUAUCUAUCGUAGAAAGAUUUUAAUAGUUUUUAGCAAAUUAAAAUAAAUUUAAAUAAUGGCAGCAGAAAUAGCAGUGAUAGACCCAGCUGAACGUCUGAAGUUGGGGCCACGUGAAGGUGUGACAUACCCUUUGGUUGUGCAAUAUUGUGGCAACUGCACAAUGCCACUUGAAUACUGCGAAUAUUAUCCGGAAUAUGAAAAAUGUAGAGCUUGGUUAGAGAAGCAUCUUCCUAGCGAAUUCGAGCAAAUGAAAAUCAAAGAUGAAACAGCCGCUGCUGAUGGCACAGACGACGAUAAGAAGCGUCAAAAACGAGGUGGCAAGGGUAUGAUGAAGAUUAAAAAGAAGGAGGAUGUCCCGAAAAAAAUCACAGUUUCAAGAGCACCUCGUGGCAAAAAGAAGUCGGUUACGGUAGUGACCGGACUGAAUACUUUCGACAUCGACCUGAAAGUAGCGGCUAAGUUCUUUGGCACAAAGUUCGCUUGCGGUUCAUCUGUUACAGGCGAAGAUGAGAUCGUUAUACAAGGCGAUGUGAAGGAUGAUCUAUUUGAUGUCAUACCAGAAAAAUGGCCAGAAAUUGAUGAAGAUUUUAUUGAUGAUUUGGGCGACCAGAAACGCUAAAGGCAUUUCAUGAGCUGUGUAAAAUGCAUUUCCAACAAAUAAAGCUACACACAUACUUUACAUAAAAAAA